CAUAGAAAGGAUAUUCAAGUUUAAUUACAUGAAUGAUAUCUAUUUCCAUAAACUUUCGUAUUAAUGAUCCACUAUCACAAAAGGGUGUGGCAUCGGCCAAUUUGAUGAUGAUAUAUAAACAAGAUCCUAAAGCUGAAGGUUUUGUAUUUGCCUCAAACAAUUUUGGAACUCAAAACGCAUAUAGCUUCACCGUUUUAGUCCAAACUUCUCCGUAUAAUAACGUGGAAGCGCAACCAAGUUUCAUUCUUCAGAGAAAAUCAAAGAUGUUCUUCCAUAUAAUAUUGGAGCGUAACAUGCAACUUCACCCACGCCAUUUCGGUCGCACACUGCGCGACCGUCUCGUCUCCAAGCUCAUGAAAGAUGUUGAAGGCACCUGCAGUGGCCGUCACGGAUUUGUGGUGGCGAUAACGGGCGUAGACAACAUCGGGAAAGGGCGGAUUCGUGACGGAACGGGUUUCGUCACGUUUCCGGUGAAAUAUCAGUGUGUUGUGUUUAGACCCUUUAAAGGAGAAAUUUUAGAAGCUGUCGUUACUAUGGUAAACAAGAUGGGAUUUUUUGCUGAAGCUGGACCUGUUCAAAUUUUUGUUUCAAACCAUUUGAUACCGGAUGAUAUGGAGUUCCAAUCUGGAGAUGCCCCGAACUAUACAACCUCAGAUGGAUCAGUUAAAAUUCAAAAGGAUAGUGAAGUGCGGUUGAAGAUAAUUGGGACUCGUGUAGAUGCUACUGAAAUUUUCUGUAUUGGCACCAUAAAGGAUGAUUUCUUGGGCGUGGUUAAUGACCCUACAACAAUUUAAUGAAGUUGAUGCUUGAGAUGUUUCUUUGCAGGAGAGAGUUAUCUGCUUGCCUCAUGUUUCUUGUUGUUUAGUUAGUUUCAAAGGGCAUUGGCUUCCCCUUGAAAUUAUGAUCUAUUGUUGGUGAACAUUCUUGUUUAUCUGCACAUUAAGAUAAGUAUUUAUACUAAUAAAAUUUCAGAGAAGUCAAUGAUGGAAAUUGCAACAAAUGCCAAAGAUUGUUUUGCAAGGAAUUGGCAUUGCCAUAUUUG